CCACCCUAGCAAAAUUAGAGGCCAUAAUUAAUCAAACUAAUCAGCCCAAACCAACGGGCGAAACUCCUCAACCUGAGCGACCCAAGCCUAACUCCCCAGUAGACAAGCCAGAGAACCCUAUUGUAGAAAAUAAUAGAGAAUCUCAGGAAAAUAUUGAGGAACUGUCUCAUCUUCCUUUGGCCGAAGCCAAAAUUAAAGCCAAAAAGGAAAUUGAAACUCUAUUUGACCGCUACGGAGUUCAAGCCUCCCAACUAGAUACUGGGCUGUGA